ACGGGCGUUUCCUUUAACCACCAGUUCCAAAUUUAACAUUGGCUGACGAGGAAAUAUAUUAUUAGUGCAAUAAAAUGGCUAAAACCGUGGGAAAAGUCGCGUGCUUCGAGAUGGAUGGUGGAAAUUGGCAAACUUAUUGUGAUCGGCUGGAUAUGUAUUUUUUGGUAAAUAAGGUGGAGGAUAACAUGAAGCUGCCGACGCUGAUCAGCUGUAUAGGAGACUCCGCGUAUGAGCUGAUGGUCAAUCUGUGCAGCCCGAAGAAACCGUGUGACUGCAAAUACGACGAAGUGAUUAAAGUGAUGGCUAAUUAUCUACAGCCGAAACCGUCGGUAGUAGCCGAAAGGUUCAAAUUCCGUCAAUGUCGACAGAGUAGCGGCCAAUCUGUAGCUAAUUUUAUGGCGGAAUUGAAGAAAGCGUCCAAGUAUUGUGAUUUUGGUGCUAAUCUGGACGAUAAUAUGAGAGACCAAUUUGUGUGUGGCAUAAAUAGUGAUUUUGUUAGGCAGCGAUUGUUUGCGGAGGAAAGUCUAUCUUAUAGCAAGGCGGUUACGAUUGCUACUACGCUGGAGGCGGCCGAACGGGAUUCACAUGCAAUCGGAGAUAAGGAUAAUGCUAGUGACAAAAAUGAUGUAAAAUCAGUACAUAAGAUUCAACCGGUCAGUGCGGGACGUAGUCUAUGCGAGGCGUGCGGCGACCCUCAUCAUAAACAAAGCGAGUGCAAAUUUAGUCAAUAUGUGUGUGACGUGUGCAAAAUUAGGGGCCAUUUACGUAGGAUGUGCCCGCAAGUUAUGCGUGGCAGCAGUUUUGGGGCUAAUCGUCGUGGCAAUGGGGGCCGCGGGGCGGCGAACCGCGCGCGGUCAUGGCGCGGGGGCUGGAGCGGCCGAGGCGGAGGCGCCAGGUCCGGCUUGCAUUGGGUGCAAGGCCGGGACGCGGAGGCCGAGCAGGAGGAUUUCAUGGAGAGCGAGCGUGAACGGGACGGCGAAGCAGUUGUGAAUUUGAUGUCGUUAAACAAGUACAAGCCGGCAUAAGCCGUUAUUCGAGGAGGCGUUGGGCCGGUACACCGGGGGCAAGGCGUCGCUGUGUGUGCGCGAGGGGGCUCAGCCGAUUUUCUGCCGCGCGCGCCCUCUGCCGUACGCGCUGCGCGCGCGCCUCGACGCCGAGCUGGACGCCAUGCUGGCGGCUGGCGUCAUCGAGCCCGUCGACCACUCUGACUGGGCCACUCCUCUCGUCAUUGCCAGGAAAGCGGACGGAGGUAUCAGGGUAUGCGCUGACUAUAAGAUUACAUUAAAUAAAGUGUUAUUAGUCGAUAGGUACCCGGUUCCAAAGAUAGAAGAUUUGUUUACGAAUUUAAGUAAUAACUCGUAUUUCACGAAGUUAGAUUUGUCACAUGCAUAUAAUCAGUAUGAAUUGGACGAGGCGUCAAAAUGUUAUACGGUGAUAAAUACGCACCGUGGGUUAUUUAAAUAUAAUCGGUUAGUGUACGGGCUCUCGUCUAGCCCUGGGAUUUUUCAAAAGAUGAUGCAAUCGGUUCUACAGGGAAUUCCGAACGUUCUGAAUUUCUUAGACGAUAUCUUGAUUACAGGGGCGGACUUAGAUGAUCAUUUAAAAACAAUAAAUGAGGUAUUUAGUAGACUAGAAAGUUGUGGAUUAAAAUUAAAGAAAAGUAAGUGCGUAUUCCUAGCCGAUAAAGUAACGUUUUUAGGCUUCAAGGUCGAUAAACGGGGCGUGAGUGUGGACCCGGAGAAAAUAAAACCUAUACUAGAAAUGAGCGCUCCAAAGAAUGUGGCCGAACUGCGUUCAUUUUUGGGCAUGGUUAAUUUUUAUGGUAAGUUCGUGCGUAAUUUGAGUUCGUAUUUAUAUCCGUUAUACCAGUUAGUCAAGAAAGGGGUACAUUGGCGUUGGGGUAAGGAGGAAGAGGCAGCAUUCAGGCAGGUUAAAAGGCUAUUGUGCAGCACAGACGUGCUAGUGCAUUUUGAUAUUUCACAACAGUCGGUGGUUACCUGUGACGCGAGUGCGCAUGGCCUGGGAGCCGUGCUGGCCAUGCGCGGGCCCGACGGCACCGAGCGCGUCGUGGCUUAUGCCUCGCGUUCGCUGACGGCGCACGAGUUACACUACAGCCAAAUUCAUAAGGAGGCGUUAGCGAUCGUGUUUGCCGUGAGUAAGUUUCACCAGUACCUUUAUGGUCGUAAGUUUACACUGCGUACGGACCAUAAACCGCUGGUGAGUAUUUUUGGGCCUAAUUGCGGCGUGCCUGUUACCGCCGCGAGUCGACUGCAGCGCUGGGCAAUAGUGCUUUCAGCUUACGAUUUUGAUAUCGAGUACGUUUCAACGGAAAAAAAUACGGCAGAUGCUCUGUCCCGGUUAAUUAAGUCGCACAAGGAUGAAAUGGGAGAAGAGGCGGGCCAGAUACCGGAACAGACUUACCUUCACUUUGCCGCUGAUGCUUUAUUACUAGACUAUAAUAAAUUAAAAACCUCAACGGCCUCGGAUCCGAUUUUAGGCAGAGUUUUAGGCUAUAUUAAGAACGGAUGGCCCUCAGAGUGCGAAAUUAGAGAGUUAAAUCCUUAUUUUAAUAGGAAAGACGAAUUAUAUACAGAACUAGGUUGUGUCUUAUGGGGUCAUCGGGUGGUGAUUCCAAUAUCUUGCAGGGAGAAAGUGUUAAGGGAACUUCAUGAACCCCACAUGGGUAUCGUGAAGACAAAGAGCUUAGCGCGGGGCUAUGUAUGGUGGCCGGGGGUUGAUGAGGCUAUCGAGGCGCGAUGUCGCGAGUGCGGCGUGUGCGCCGCCGCGUCCAGCGCGCCGCCGGCGCACGCGCCGAGGCUGUGGGCGUGGCCAGAUAGGCCGUGGACUAGGAUACAUCUCGAUUUUCUUGGCCCGAUCCGAGGUAAGACAUAUCUCAUAAUCGUGGACGCUUAUUCAAAGUGGAUUGAGGCUAUAGGAAUGAGUAGCACUUCCGCGGCUGCGGUGAUACGUGUACUUAGGGAAUUGUGGUCUAGGUUCGGCAUUCCUAAACAGGUGGUUAGCGACAAUGGGCCUCCAUACACGAGUUCCGAAUUUAAAAAAUUCUUAUCAGUCAACGGCGUGGACCAGGUACUAUCGGCACCCUACCAUCCUGCCUCGAAUGGAGCCGCCGAGAGCGCGGUUAAGAUUUGUAAAGCGGUAAUUUUAAAAUCCUUUAAGGAAAAUGUAGACGCGGAGACCGCACUUUGUAGAUUUCUUUUACAAUAUCGGAAUACUGAGCAUAGCACGACCGGAGAGAGCCCUGCAAGACUCCUACAGGGCCGCUCAUUACGAAAUAGGUUAGAUUGUUUAAGACCAGAUCGUAGUGAUCAUGUCCGAGCGGCGCAGGAGCGGCAGCGGCGCGCGGCGGGCGGCGUCGAGCGCGAGCUGCGCGCCGGGGACCCAGUCUGGGUACGACAGUAUCGCGGUAACGAUAAAUGGUUGCCGGGUAUGGUACGAGAUAGGCGCGGAGAUACUGAUUAUAUCGUUGACACUAGCAAUGGAACCGGGGUUCACAGGCAUAUUGACCAAUUGAAGAAUAGGAGAGUAUCGCUAAAUAACGGGGGAGGUAAUGUAGCUAAGCGCAACUCGUUGAUAUUUCCUGGCAAUGACGACUCGGUCCCUCAGCCGGAUGUGGAGGAACCGGGGGCGAUGGGCUCGCCCAGCACCAGCGGGGACCAUGAGCGGGAGUGUAGCGCUGAGCCGGUAGGGGUGGCGUCAGCCGCGUCCCCAAGUGCACACACGGCGGUUCCAUGUACCGGUGGGAGUCCCAACAUAUCACCCGACCCAUCCUCUGUGCAUUUGCCUCCUGACAGUCCAGUCAAGGAGCUCAGAGUGCCUAGAAUCCGCAAACCCCCAUUCAGAUUUGGGUUUGAAGAUUUGUUUGUUAUUAGCAAUAAGUAGGUAGUAGGUACAUAAUAAUAGCGAUUAGUACCUAGGUAAUAUAAAUAAAUAUUUAGAGUUAAAGACUAUACCAGGUUACAAUAUUUGCAAUCUCUUGCUUGUCAAUAAAUAGCUCCGUAGUAGUUGGUAUGUAAAUGUAAACUAGGUUAUAAGUAGUCUUUAUAUGUUUAGUACCUGCCACCAUAUUAUAACUGGACUUUUAUAAUCCCUUUGUUAACCAGUAUACUGACGAUGUAGGUACAAACAACAACAGACUUAACUAACCAUCGGUAGACUUUAUGUCCUUGUAAUAGGGAUUACAAAUGUACAGCUAACAGUGGUGCCGAUGAGUUAGUAACUAUGCGUUGUCCUUGAUAAGUUGAUUUUCUGCACGUGUUAUAGUUGGCCCUAGUAUACCUAUACCUCUAUACUGUACCUAUAUAUGUUUAGAGUAAGUAAGUAGUUUUGUAAAGUUGUACCUAAAGUUAUUCGUAAACGCUUGCGGGCCAGGAUUAACUAAUAAUCGUUGUCUCUAUUUGGCACAGUCGAAGACCGGUCCGUAACCCUUUAUGGAUAAGGGACAUACGUGUAUUAUAUUAUAGGAUUAUAUUAUAUAUAUAGUUACUCAUACUAGCUUAUUGUAUGAAUUAAAGGUGGAGGUGUUAUAUAUGUAGGUAGACAUAUAAUCCUUACGAUGUUCAGUUGGAAUAAAUCUGUCAACCUAACGGGCGUUU